GCAAAACAAGCAACCGUGUAUCCUGCUUGUUGGUCCUUUUUAAAUGGUGAUACUGUGCUGCUAGAUCUGAUGAAGGUUGUGUUUCUCUUAUCAGUUUGAAACUAACAUUUAGUUAUGAUCCAGCUGCUUCAUUCUUGUGUGCUUUUGGGUUGUUUUUCAGUGAGUCUUACUGCCAAAUAUGCAACUGCAAACACGUCUGUGAUUGUCAGUCUUGCUAUGAUGACUGUCAGUGACUAUACUCAUUUGACAUGCUGUCAUCCAUGCCAGCAUGUAUCACGGUGCUAUUUCUACAUCGACUCGGGGGAAAUCGGCCAGGAAACGGCCAGAAACUGUUGCUGUGAUCACCUUGUCAGUGGACAACAGCUAUUAGAGGGUAAAGCUGAACAGCAGCUCCUAUCAGCUGUUAAUGUCCACUGCGUAACCCAGCUCGACUAUGGCAAUAAUAGCACCAGCACCAACGUCACCGUCACAGUUUGGAGGCUACCCCUUUCUGGUAAACAUGCCGUCAUUUUGCUGCUUGUAUUCGGGGCACUGGUUCUGUUCUGUUUGCUCAUCUUCAUCUCUGUAUGCAUUUGGUACUGCGUGACCAAAAAACAAGGACGCAAAAGACAGUUUCAACCAGUGAGAUCUCAAGAACUGGACACCGACACACAAGGUGUAAAUCAUGGUAUUGAGGAAGAGCAAGAAGACAGAUCAGAGGUGGAGGAGUUAUUUUAUGCCACAGUGAGUCACACAAGUUUUGAUGGUGUGUCUUCUACAGUGAAGUUUGAAUCAGGGACCGACUACGCCACAGUGGUCGUAAACUAAACAACCUGAAUGAAUGAAAACAUGUUCAAUGAUUUCUACCUUUAUAAUUCAUGCGUUCCUGUAGCCUAACUAUAGGCUUGUAAAUGUUAUGUUGUAACCAAAUUUCCUUAAUUGGAUAUAAGAUAUAAAAAUAAAUUUCCA